AUGGAGGAAGCCAGUGAUGGUAUCCGCAGCGGCCACCUCCCCGUACACGGCGGGGAGCUCCACAAGCCUGGCUCCAUGCAAGGGGCGUGGCUUGGGUCAGCAGCAGGUUUAAAGCUCAAGAAUGACGCUGGCAAUUAUCAUUCCACUUCUGGUUCUGCCUCAGAAAUACCAGCAUCGGGAUGCAAAGUGUCAAAAAGGCCCAGAACGAAAGUUGCCCAAAAAACAGCAGGCGAGGAAAAUCAUGACAGUGCACACAGGCUUCAGAAGCAGCCUCAGGCUUUGCCAAAGACGAAAAGAAAUAAACUUUGGACUUGUGAACAAGAGCUUCCAAAACGUAGAGAUCUGCAUGGAGAAGGCUACACAGGGAAGAAAGCUUUUAAAUGUCAGGAAUGUGGGAAGGACUUCAGAGUUAGCUCUGGUCUUUUGAAGCACCAGCGAAUUCACACUGGACAGAAACCGUAUAAAUGCCAACAGUGUGGCAGGAGGUUUCGAUGGAGUUCAGACCUUAAUAAGCACGCUGUGACACACCAGGGAAUAAAACCAUAUAGAUGCUCAUGGUGUGGGAAAAGCUUUAGUCAGAACACAAAUCUACACACACACCAAAGAAUUCACACAGGAGAGAAACCCUUUCGAUGUCAUGAAUGUGGGAAAAGAUUCAUUCAGAAGUCCCACCUUAUCAAACACCAGAGAACCCACACAGGUGAGCAGCCUUAUACUUGUAGCAUAUGCGGGAGAAGCUUUAGCAGGCGGUCGAGUCUUCUUAGACACCAGAAAAUCCACAGGAUAAAGGAGAUCCCUGUGAUACAGUCUCCUAGAGACCCGUUCUUCCUAUCAGCCUUCACCAUCUCAGAAAAAAGGGAGAUACAUGUGCCCAUGAGGACACAGCACUAA